CUAUAAUUUAGAUACUGUAAUUCGGCAUACAUCGGAUAAUAGAGACGGAGGUAAGGGUUCUUUCUGUAUAUUACAUUUUAAUGUCUUGGGGAAGAGACGGUAGAUAUUAGGAACUCACUGAACCAUAAUUAUGGUAAGGGUACGGAAGAUGUUCAAAUAUAAAAAUAUAUACUAUAUGAUUAUUUUGAUUACAACGCUGUACGCUGUACGUGACGAUAUCCAAUAUAAAAAAUAUUAGUGAUUAUCUCAAACCGAAUACACAGAAUUAUACUGGAAGUCAUGAAAGGCGUGGGCUGGAACGAUGUUCACACAAACCACAUCCGUGAGCCGAGAUACAGUAUCUAUAGGCAAGGGGUACGGGGAACUGCAUAUAAAAGGGAGCCCGAAUCGGCCUGUUUUCAGACGUGUACUACCACCCAUUAGUGCAAGCACCUUCACGCCACUCUGUACGAGCAUAUUUUGGACUUAGAAAAAUUAUCAACAAUAUAAUAAAAUUCACAAUAAAACAACAACUGUCUUUUAUUUAUUAUCAACCACGACUACAACAUCAAACAAAUUGUCUGCGACCCGCAACUAUAAUAUCUCGGCAGCCACUUAUCUGCUAUUAGAACUACGAUAGUAGGUACCAAGCUGUCGAGACCAUUACACUGGCGCAGUCGAAAAAGGAGGUUCAAGGAGUUUCAAGACGAGGCGAGCAGUCAAAGCGGUGGAUUUAAAUUUCCAAAGGCGAGUCUAGCAGUCAAGGCGGCUACAUUCAACUUCGGAGAUCCAAUACCGACGCAGCGGCUACACCACGUCAAGCAGCUCCACGGAGGUAACAGUUGAGGUCUGAUCAACCAAGGCGACUCCGGGAUCAACGAACAAAUUCAAGACGGGCCAGCAGUCAAUCAAGAAAAUGAACACAGCAGUGGCAACAACGUUGUUAAGGGAAGUCAAGUUCGUUGUCAUGGAUUUCGAAUUUACCAAUAUGAGGAGAACAGACAUUGUACUAAUAUCAGGAGCAAUCUCAAACAGCCUAAACAAAUGUAAAAUUCGUAAGCUCGAGGGGAAACCGCUUCUCCUGCCACUCCACGAACAGAUGAGAAUUAUGACUGUUCGUGAAACACAGUUGGCAGAGAAAUCGAUAAGGCGGAUUUUUCACAACAAAAAGGAAGUGGAGACGACCUGUUUAGCGCAACUUAACAAAAGUCUGAAUUCGAAAUUAAAUAACCUAACACCAGAAUUCAUAAAAAAUUAUAUUUUGCGUGGAGAUAAAAUAAAUGUAGUGGUAUUGUUCGGGGGAUCAUACGAUAGGAAUAUUUUAAGUAGACUAGGGUUAGGACACAUAGAAGUUCUAAAUAUCAGAUGCUAUGAUUUGAAUUUCGAUGGGGACUUCUACAUGAUACUAGAAAAAUUGAGGGGAAAAAUAACUGAAAGAAUUUUCGAAUUUAAUGUAGGUAGAAUCCAGAAAAGAGGUAGGCUAUUGAACUUAACGGAAGCGCAUAGCGGCGUAUGUACACAAAAACAUAAAAUAACAUACGCUCACGACCCAAAGACUGAUGUGAGAUUUACAAAAUGCAUAUUUAACAGAAUGGUUAAGGAAUAUGGGUACCAAAAUUUGGUGAAACAAUUCCAACCUAUAUAGACAAUACCACGCACCUAGCACCACGUUGUAAAAAUAUAAUUUUUUACGAAUUUAUAAAUUUUAUUAUAGCAAAUAACA